AUGAACCAGCUGCUGGCGCCGGGCGGAGACGUGGGCUACGACGUCUCGGACGCCGAGUGGGAGAAGCUGGUGCAGCUCACGCAGCAGAGCGCGCAGUUCGACAAGCUCUACUCGUUCCCGGGGGACGAGCCGGGCUGGGUCACCACCAAGAGCAAGAAGAAGAAGACGCACCUCAAGAUCGUGGCCGUGGAUUGCGAGAUGUGCGUCACGCAGCAGGCGGACUCGGGCGAGCGCAAGACCAACGCGCUGUGCCGCGUCUCCGCCGUGGACGGCGAGAACAUGCUGCGCAACAUCCUGUCGGACUUCAUCGUGCACCAGCCCGAGGACGGCUUCCACAUGGUGGACCCCAAGACGGACAUUCACGGCAUCACGCCGCAGCAGAUCGCCAGCUGCCAGAUCACCAUGGCGCAGGCCCAGAAGAAGAUGCUCAAGUACAUCAACCGCGACACGAUCGUCGUGGGCCACUCGGUGAACGGCGAUCUGGCCAGCAUGCGCAUCAACCACCGGCGCGUGAUCGACACGGCGCUCAUCUUCCGGCGCAAGGACGGGAGCCCCAACCGCGCCACGCCCGGACUCAAGGACCUCACCAAGUUCCUGCUGGGCUUCGACAUGCCCCAGGGACACGACAGUACCGUCGACGCCCAGGCGUCCAUGAUGGCGGCCAAGUACGCCGCAAGACACGACACGGGCAGGAUCAUCCCUUCGGCGCUAGAGCUCCACGGACCCCAACCGUCCAAACCGUCUAAGAAGCCCGCACCUGUGAAGAUCCCCGUGAACGAAGCGUCCUACAUCGAUGUGGCCGCUAUCAAGGAGAGCGCCAGCACCGAAGCGGGCAAGAAGAAGGGCAUGUCGGAGGCGAUGAUCGCGCGAUCCUGCCGCUUGCGCGUGCAUCGCAUCCCGAAGGGCACUUCAAGCAAGGACAUCGAAAACUUCUUCAUCAAGAACACCUGUAUCGUGCCCGCCGCCGUGGAGAAGAUCGCGUGGCUGCCGAACCAGAACCGCGGCUCAUGUAACGUUACCUUCUCGACGAAUGCCCACGCAGCUUUAGCAUUCGAGAGCGCUCCUACGUCGAAGAAUACCAAGGUCUCGACGGACUCCAUCGGCCGCGCCCAGAAAACGAUCACCGUCGUGAGCUACCUGGGAAAGACAUACAAGAACGUGGCUCUCGGCGUACUUUAG